CGGGCUGGCGGUCUUCGACAUCAACUCCCCUUUAGUUACUUACCCCUUCCCGUCCGCCGUCUCAAUCGUCAUGGAGCUCUUCUCCGCUCCAUAACCGUGCCACACUCUCAUGCGACGUUUGAAACCUUCGAGUUUGUUUUGCGACACCCUGCUCUAGGCCCGAGGUUCCACGCGCGCACGUUCUUGCUGUACCCUUCCAUUCUUUCCCGUUCGUGCGAGCCUCCCGCGACUCCUUCGACCAGCGAUCCACUCCAUCCAUACAUGGCUUCCGCCCUGAACAAGCGCCAGCAGGCGCGCAACGAGCGAGCACUGCAGGAGUUGAUCACCACGGUUCCUGGCAAUGCCGUUUGCGCCGACUGCACAACACGCAACCCUUCAUGGGCAAGCUGGAGCGUCGGUGUCUUUUUGUGCAUGCGCUGCGCUACCCUCCAUCGCAAGCUGGGCACCCACAUCUCCAAAGUCAAGUCGCUGAGCAUGGACAAAUGGGACAACAACCAAGUAGAUAACAUGAGGCGCAUAGGAAAUGUCGAGUCGAAUAAAGCAUAUAAUCCCCGCAAUGUAAAACCGCAGAUUCCAAUCGAUGCCGACGAGGCAGACAGUGCCAUGGAAAGAUAUAUACGGCAAAAGUACGAACAGCGUGUCUUUAUGGCCGACUCUCGUCCCGGCACGCGAUCAAAUACCGGAAGCUCGAGCUCUGUCGAAGACCGCCCACCUCCUUUGCCCCCAAAGCCCACCAAAAGAUUUGGGUUCGGUCUACAAAAAACUUCAAACGCGGCUAGCAAUGUAACACCACCUCUGUCUCCCGGUCUCGGCGGGUUCAAUGGCCAGGAAGGCUCCCCGCCCAUGCUCAAUAAACCAUCUAGGAUUUUCGGAUCCAAUGUGAAUACAUCGGGAGAUGGGCUAGAAUCUAAGCUUGCUACGCUGAGGGAUAUGGGGUUUCCAGACGAGAAACGCAAUUCCACGGUGCUGAAAGGCCUGAAUGGUAACCUGGACCGAGCAGUAGAGACCUUGAUAAGAUUAGGGGAGAAUAACGGAAAGUCAAGAGGAAGCACACCCACCCCUCCAGUGAAACCCGACCUUGGUGGACUUUCGUUUGAUCGGACGAAUACUGCACCUGCAGCUCUCUCUUCGACGAACCCUUUCGAUGCUCUAGAUGCCGUGGCACCUGCACCUGCCCUACAACAACAAGCUUCAGUUCCAUCAUUGCAGACUCAACAAGUCCCAUAUGGGGGCUCUAUAACUCAACCCACAUCGCCAUCCAAUUCAUACAAUCCGUUUCUUCCGCAAGUACAGGGUGUACAGUACCAGCAACAGACCUUUGCAUCCCAACAACCUAAUUCAAUACAAAGCCACAAUCCUUUUGGGCCACAGCAAGGCUUGGAACAAUCUUUCCAGGGAUUACAGCUUUCCACUCAGCAGCCUCAACAAGAGCUUUUUCCUAAUAGAACUGGAGGUUAUGGCCAGGUAUCCGCUCCUUUCGCGCAGUCUAAUCCAUUCACCCAAUCUUUCACGCCCCCGCCUAUGCCGCAAAUGUCUCAACAGUACAGUUCGUUUUACCAAAGCCAACCGCCGACCCAGCAACCGUUUCAGUCGCCCUCAUCUCCUACAAGUCCUGGAAACCCUUUCUUGAAAUCAGCGCGCAGCCAAAUGUUCUCGCCUCUGAACCCGAUGAACUCGAAUCCAUUCGGAGUUUCCGGCCAGCAGCAGCAGCAACAACAGCAGACACCCAAUCCUUUCAUGACACAACAACAUCAGCAAACCCAGAGCGCACCUGUUCAAGGUCCUAACCCUUUCGGGCAGCAGCAGCAGCAGCAGCAACCUACGUAUCAGAAUUUUCAGCAGCAAUCCAACCCUCAACCGACGCAGGGAGCGUACCAAAAGAAUUCGAUUCUAGCACUAUACAAUUAUCCUCAAUUAGCCCCACAACGACCUGAACAAGCACAAAGCCCCACCGCGCAAGCUCAAGCACAGACGCCCAAUGCAAUGCCAACAGCGACGGGUGCCAACUCAGGGCAAAACAAUAACCCUUUUGCCGCAGCUCAGGGCGCUCCGGCACCACCACAACAACAAGCCAUGUCUGCAGUGCCCACUCAGGUGCAGGGUGCCAGGCAUGCUAGCAACGAGAGCGUGGAUUUCACGGGUUUGAUGGGUGGACGGCAUUCGCCCGAUGCAUUUUCCGGGUUAAGCUCCAGCUUCCGACGUUGA